AUGGACAGCAGAAGUUUCCCAAAUCCAUAUCCAGAAUACAGUGGAGAUGCAUCAUCUGCCUUCACAGCUACUGGGCAGCUGACGCCUGAUUUUAAAAAUCAAUUGAACAAUAAAAUCAGAGAGCUUCUACAACAAAUGGAACAUGGUUUGAAAUCUGCAGAUCCGAGAGACUUCACGGUGUACACAGGCUGGUCAGGAAUCUCCUUACUGUAUCUUCACCUCUCUGAGGUGUAUGGGGAUCCAUCAUACUUGCAGAAAGCACAGGAAUAUGCCACCAAAAGCUUACGUUGCUUGAACAAACGAGAUGUCACUUUUCCUUUGUGGAGAUGCUGGACCUAGCGCAGUGGCAUCUGUUAUUUUCCAUAAACUGGGAUCUGCUCAGGAGGCAGAUGAUUGUGUGAACAGAGUACUGCAGAUGCAUCCAACUGUGAUGAAGCUGGACUCCCAGCUACCAGAUGAACUCGUGUAUGGCCGUAUGGGCUACCUUUAUGCAUUGUUGUUUAUCAACAAGCAUUUUGGGGACGGAAAGAUACCUGUCCAGUAUAUCCAACAGGUUUGUGACAUUGUGAUAAAAUCUGGAGAAAACAUGGCAGCUCACAAACAAAUACAGAAUCAGAGCCCCUUAAUGUAUGAAUGGUACGGAGAACACUAUGUGGGAGCAGCCCAUGGCCUGGCAGGAAUUUACUACUACUUAAUGCAGGCUAUGUGUAAUGUAAGCAGCGAAAAGGUGCAGAGCCUUGUCCAUCCCAGUGUAGACUACGUCAACCAGCUGAAGUUCCCAUCUGGAAACUAUCCUUCGUGCAUUGGAGACAAGAGAGAUCUGCUAGUACACUGGUGCCAUGGUGCCCCUGGUGUUAUUUAUAUGUUAAUUCAAGCAUAUAAGAUUUUCAAAGAUGAGCGGUACUUGUCAGCUGCAGACCAGUGCACUGAUAUCUCCUGGCAUCGAGGCUUAUUGAAGAAGGGUUACGGGAUAUGCCAUGGAGCAGCUGGGAAUGCUUAUUGUUUCCUUGCAAUGUACAACCUGACACAUGAUCUGAAGUAUUUAUACAGAGCAUGCAAGUUUGCAGAAUGGUGUUUGGAUUAUGGUAAACAUGGCUGCAGGACUCCAGACACCCCAUUUUCACUAUUUGAAGGGAUGGCUGGCACAAUUUAUUUUCUAGCAGACUUGCUGGAUCCGACAAAAGCCAAGUUUCCUGCAUUUGAGAUAUAA